AUGCCCCUCCCCCUGCUCCCCCUCCUCCCCUUUCUCCCCCUCCUCUGCUGCCCCCUGUUGGCCUCUUCUCGCCCUCUGCUGCCUCAGCCCUCGGUGAAUGUGGCGGUGGUGUUCUCGGGGGCGUCGUACGUCGGGGAGGUGAGGGGGAAGCUGAGUGCCGAGAACUUCCUGGACCUCCCCCUGACCGUGAACCCUCGCACCGUCCUGGUCAACGACACCAACCCCCGCGCCCUCCUCACACGCCUCUGUGUCGCCAUGGAGACCGAGAAGCUGCACGCCGUGGUGUUCGAGGACGACGUGGUGUACGGGGAGGACGCACAGGUGGCAGAAGUGGCUCAGAUCCUGGACUUCCUCUCCACGCAGACGUCGCUCCCAAUCGUUGGAAUCAGCGGAGGCUCCGCUGUGGUCAUACCAUACAAGUCUGAGGGCUCGUCCUUCCUGCAGAUGGGAGCGUCUCUGGAGCAGCAGAUUCUCUGUAUGUUUAAGCUGCUGGAGGAGUACGACUGGGGAGAGUUCUCGGUGAUCACCAGCCUGCUGCCUGGGUACCUCACCUUCAUCGACAUCGUGGAGACCUACAUCGACUCCUCAUACUUCCUCUGGAGCCUGCAGGACAUCAUCAGUGUCGAGAUGUCUGUGGGCACCAGCGACGCCAAGACCAGGAGGAUACUGCAGCAGGUGGAUGCCCAGGUCUUGCUGCUGUACUGCUCCUUCGCGGAGGCGCAGUACCUAUUCCGUCAAGCCUCAGAGGUUGGUCUGUUGGGACCCGGGUACAUCUGGGUCCUCCCCAGCAUGGCGGUGGGUAACCCCGACCACGUCCCCCCCACCAGCUUCCCCGUGGGCGUGAUUGGCGUCAUCACAGAGCAGUGGAAGAAGAGUCUGCGUCAGCGUGUCCGAGAGGGCGUGGCCAUCGUGUCCGAGGCCGCAGACAGCUACAGGAAACUGCACGGAUAUGUACCAGAGGGACAGGGCGACUGCGGCGGGGAGAGAGACCACAGAAACAGCAGUCUCUACAGACACAUGCUGAACGUGACCUGGGAGAAAAAGGACCUUUCUUUUAACUCUAGAGGAUUUCUGUCCAAUCCGUCGCUGCUGCUGAUCACUCUGGACCGAGACCGACUCUGGGACAAGGUGGGCACAUACCGGCGGGGGAUCCUCCAGGUGCGGUACCCGGUCUGGCCUCGUUACGGGCUGUUCCUGGAGCAUGUGACGGACGACAGACACCUCACCGUGGCAACGCUGGAGGAGCAUCCCUUCGUGAUGGUGGAAGAAGUGGAUCCUGGUACUGGGACUUGUGUCCGCAACACGGUACCAUGUAGGAGGCAGUGGAACCGGACCGAGAGGCACAACCAGACACACAGUACCAUCAGACACUCAGAGUCCUACACCAAACUGUGCUGUAAAGGUUUCUGCAUCGACAUCCUGAAGAAACUUUCCAAAAAUAUCAAGUUCUCGUACGACCUUUACCUGGUGACCAACGGAAAGCACGGCAAGCUGGUGCGGGGCACGUGGAACGGGAUGAUUGGAGAGGUGGUGUACCGCAGAGCAGACAUGGCGAUUGGAUCCCUGACCAUAAACGAGGAGCGCUCAGAGAUCAUCGACUUCUCGGUUCCAUUCGUGGAGACGGGGAUCAGUGUGAUGGUGGCACGCAGCAACGGGACCGUGUCUCCUUCUGCCUUUCUGGGUGAGGAGGAGGAGCAAGGGGAGGAGGAGGAGCAGGGGGAGGAGGAGAAGGAGCAGGAGGAGGAAGAGGAGGAGCAGGAGGGAGAGGAGAAGGAGGAGGAGGAAGAGAAGGAGCAGGAGGAGGAGGAUCAGGAGGAGGUGGAAGAGGAGGAGCAGCAGGAGGAAGAGGAGGAGCAGCAGGAGGAGGAGGAAGAGGACAGUCCUGCUGUGUGGGUGAUGAUGUUCGUCAUGUGUCUGACUGUUGUGGCAGUUACAGUAUUUGUAUUCGAGUACUUCAGUCCAGUGGGAUACAACCAGAGCCUGCUCCGAGCCAAGACUCCUGGGGGUCCCACCUUCACCAUUGGGAAGUCUGUGUGGCUACUGUGGGGGAUCGUGUUCAACAACUCUGUUCCGAUCGAGAACCCGAGAGGAACCACCUCCAAGAUCAUGGUCCUGGUCUGGGCCUUCUUCGCCGUCAUCUUCCUCGCCUCCUACACCGCCAACCUGGCCGCCUUCAUGAUCCAGGAGCAGUACAUCGACACGGUCUCCGGCCUGUCCGACAAGAAGUUCCAGAGGCCGCAGGAGCACUACCCCCCCUUCCGCUUCGGGACAGUCCCAAAUGGGAGCACAGAGAGAAACAUCCGAAGCAACUACCCAGACAUGCACACACACAUGGUCAAGUACAACCAGAAAGGAGUGGAGGAGGCCCUGGACUCUCUGAAGACCGGGAAGCUGGAUGCCUUCAUCUAUGACGCGGCGGUGCUGAACUAUAUGGCGGGGAAAGACGAAGGCUGUAAACUGGUAACCAUCGGCAGCGGGAAGGUGUUCGCCACCACUGGUUAUGGCAUCGCGCUGCAGAAAGGAUCGCCAUGGAAACGCCUCGUCGACCUGGCUCUGCUCCAGUUCCUCGGAGACGGUGACACAGAGAGGCUGGAGACCGUGUGGCUCUCUGGGAUCUGUCAGAACGAGAAGAACGAGGUGAUGAGCAGUAAGCUGGACGUGGACAACAUGGCGGGCGUCUUCUACAUGCUGCUGGUCGCCAUGGGGCUCAGUCUCAUGGUCUUCGCCGGGGAACAUCUGCUCUACUGGAAACUGAGGCACUCUCUGAGGAGGAAGACUGAAGCAGACUGUCUGCUCGCCAUCAGCAGAGGCAUCUACAGCUGCUUCAGCGGCGUGGAGGAGGCGGGUCGCUGCUCGAGCCUCUCCAAACCCGAUUUGACCGUGAACUAUGCGCAAGCUAACAUGCUAAAGAUGCUACGCACGGCUAAGGGCCUAGUCUCCACCGCCAACGUCGAGAGCUCUCUGGACAACGCCACCAAAACCAUCAAGCACCUGAGUCGUCCCAGCGCCUUCACCUACGUCUCCGAGAACCAUGUGUCCUCACCGCCGCGAACAGCGCUAACUCCGCAGUUAGCGGCGCAGUCGUUACAGCUGCCGCGGCAACGCCUCACGCCAUGUCUGUACGACCGCCCGCUACCUGUGUCCAGCCUCAGUACGCCACACUUAGCCGUUAGCACAGAGGCGCUAGCUUACCCUCAAAACUAUCAGACCACAGGACACAGCUACAGCCGCGCGCCACAUCUGAGCUACGAGCUGCAGCUGCCGGACAUCUACACCACCCACACGGCGACUCACACGGCGACUCACACGGCGACCCACACGGCGACCCACACGCCGAGGAGGAAGCACCGGUCCAGGAGCUUCCAGGACGGCGAACGGCGAGACGUUUACCCGAGCGAGCUCCAGAGCCGCCACCUUGAAGCUAACAAAGCUAACAAAGCUAACCACGUGGACAGUUUCCUCCACAGGGACACGGGGUUUUGUCAGAACAACUACUGCUCGUGGCCCCUGGAAGAGCUGGGGCUCCGGGGGAGAAGGCACCACCGCCGGCCCUCUUUCCUGAAGGCAACCUGGGGCAGCGAGCUCCUGGGGCAGCCGCCUCAGGACGAGUCCUCCCUCUCCUCUCUCUCAGGUCAACAAGUGCUCCCCGACCUGUUCCCAAACAAAGCUAGCAAAGCGCGUGGCUGUGCGUACCUCCACUUGCGGCAGGACCAGCGCAAACCUCACGGCCGCAGGGGGCAGAGGCUGAGGUACACGCAGUCAGAGCAUCUGCCCAGCUACAGAGAGGCCACUGGCCAGGGCAAGCAGUACCAGACCUACCUGAGCUCGUACCAUGGGCAGAGUCUACCAGGAGGGAGUCUGCCUGGGGGCAGUCUGCCCGGGGAGAGUCUGCCUCAGCCCUGGAGGAGGGUGUCCAGCCUGGAGUCUGAGGUGUGA